UCGGACAAGCUCUCCUGGCACGAGAGCAAACCAGCUCCCCAUUGCAAUUUUGACGUCAUCAGUUACCAGAGCGGUAAAGCGUUGCACUUGAAUUCGACUUUAGCAGACGAUAGCAGGAACGCCUCUUGCGAGCUAACAUUUGCAAUUUAUCAGAGCGUUGCACUUGAAUUCGCCCCUUAAUAUGAAAUAGCAACUUUAGAAUCGAGAAUGCAAGGGGGUUGAUGAAGAAAACCUUCUUUUGAAAAGGGUCAAUGCAAGAAAAGUGUUGGGAAUUUCUGGUCUAGUCCAUUUUUGAGCAGUUACAUAAUAUUUGAAAAGAUGACUGUUGACGAUUUGCGACCAAGAUGUUUUUUGGAUAUUGAAAUCAAUAGUGUGAAAGCUGGACGUAUUGUUGUUGAAUUGUAUUCUGAUAUAUGCCCUAUAACAUGUGAAAAUUUUAGAGCAUUAUGCACUGGGGAGAAAGGCCUCGGGAAGACAACCAAUAAACCCUUGCAUUACAAGGGAUCUCCAUUUCAUCGUGUUGUCAAGAAUUUUGUGAUACAGGGUGGAGACUUUGUGGCUGGUAAUGGAACUAGUGGGGAAUCUAUUUAUGGAGGCCAAUUUAAAGAUGAAAAUUUCGAACUUCCACAUGAUAAACCAUUUUUAUUGUCCAUGUCAAACAGAGGAAAGGAUUCAAAUGGGUCUCAAUUUUUCAUAACUACUCAGCCUGCUCCUCAUCUAAAUGGGAAGCACACUGUCUUUGGCCAUGUUAUUUCUGGGCAAGAUGUUAUUUCACAGAUUGAGGAAAUCAAUACUGAUCAAAACUGCAGACCCACAAAAGAUGUUAGAAUCGCUAAUUGUGGAGAACUGGUUCUCAAACUUAAACCUAAAGAUAAGAAGAAAAAAAAAGAAUUAGCAUCAGAAUCUUCGGAAUCUGAUUACGAUUCUGAAGAUGAAAGGGAAAGGUCUAAGAAAAAGAAGAAGCAUAAACAUUCUAAGAAACAUAAAAAAGACAAGAAGGAUGUGAAAAAUUAUAAUUCAAAUAUGGAAAAAAAUACUUCAGAUCUAGGAUGUAUGGUUGAUCCUGAUGAAAUUCCAACUAUUCCUGUGAAUAACUUUUUAAUGAGAAGGACAUCACCUAUUGCUGAUAAUACCAGAAGGGAUUCUCGAAUAAGGGAAACAUUUAACUUUCAACGCCGACCUUCAAGGUCCAGAUCUGGAAGAAAAAUAAAAGGGAGAGGUUGCAUGAGAUACCGCACGCCAUCUCCGAGUGGCAGUCGGUCUGGUAGCGAAACACCUCCGCACUGGAAACAAGCGCAGUCUCGUCUACGCAAUAUCAAGGAUGUUCUGCCCAAAAAAGAAGUUACUCCUUCAGAUGAAGAAUCUGAAGAGCCUGAAGAUGGUACAUCAAGAAGUACUUACCUUCAGAGUAGACUUGGAACCGUAAAAGCUAAUGACGAUCCUAAACCAAAGGAUGCACGUCUCAGUAUACAGGAAAACCGUAGAAUUAGGGCUGUAAGUCCUGAAUCUCCAAAAAGAAAUUUAAGAGAUGCAGAUGCUAGAGGUAGACAGUUUCGGCAAGCCUUAAAUGACCUCCAUGCUAGCAGGAAGCUGCAUAAUACUAGCCCUGUACGUGGAGACAAACACCACAGUUCUCCUAUACGAAGUAAAAUAGUUGUAAAAGGUAGCAUUUCAAAGGAUGUUGAAGAAAGGUUAAAUGAAAGAGAUAGCUACAGAAGAGUAAGUGAUAGAAGAAGCCGCAGAGAUUCUACUCCUGAAAGAAAAUCUUAUUCAAACUAUUUAGAAUCAAAUUCACGGAAAAGAAAAUUAUCAGAUUCCCACUCUUUGCAAAGAAAAGAAGAAAAAGAUGUAAGAAAGCACAAACCUGAGCCAAAAUCUGAGAAAGAAAGUUUGAAACAAAAGAAGAGAUUCAAAGAACUGGAAGCAGAUUUAUUCAGGUAUCAAAAACAAAAAUAUGAUUAUGAAAGUGAUGAAGAUGAUACCCAACCACAAAUAAACAUAGAUAAGCAUUUAGAUACGCCAAAUAACAGUGAAAUUGUUAAUGAUGUACCUGAGCAAAAAUCUGAGAAAGAAAUUUUGAAGCAAAAGAAGAUAUUCAAUGCACUGGAAGCAGAUUUGCUCAGGUACCAAAAACAUAAAUAUAACAAUGAAAGUGAUAAAAGUGAUGACACAGAACCACAAGUAAGUGUAGAAAAAAGUGUGAAUUCACAAAAUGUUAACUGUGAAAUUAUUCAUGACGUACCAAGAAAUAAGAAGGAUGCUUCUAGUCAUAUUUUGAAUGAAAAAUCAGGAGAAACAAAAGAAAACAAUAAUUUAGUUUCACAGGAGAUCAUUAAUGGUAAUGAGUGCAAUUUAAAAUUUGUAUUUUUUUCACCGAAAUCCCCAUCUCCAACAUAUGCCACAACAUAUUUAUCAAAAUCUAAAUCUGUGGCAGAAAAUUCUCAGUUUGAUCUGGCUGAGAGUGAAGAACGUAAAUCUGUGGAACGUACUACUGAAUUAACUAAUUCACUUUGUCCUCAGAAUAUGGAAUCUCUUAGCAGCACAAAUGACAAUAACAAAGCUGAGGAAGGUACCAUGUCAGAAGAAAAGCCAUUUGAAAAUAAUAUAUCCAGUGUUUCUCAUGAAAGUUCAUCUCAGUCUGUCAUUCCUAGUAAAUCAAAUGAAGAAAAAGGUGAAAUUCAAAAGUAUGAAACUUUUAAAGUUAAUCAGUUGGAUACAGUGUUAAAUGAAACAAAUUCUGAGUCUCCACUAAUACAGAAAGCUACUGAAACUACGAAAAACAUCGCUGAACCAGUUCCUACCGUUUUUCAUCCAUCUCCUUUUGAAUACCGGCUUCCAGAUAUUAUUCCGUUGCCAGAGGAAAGUAAGUUUCAGGCUGAAAUUUCCAAUGCUGCCACUGAUACUUCUGCAGAGAAAACAGAGAACAUGACAGCUGAAGUUUUUGACAGUGAAAGUAGUCGACAUUUUUCUUCUGAAAAAAAUUUAAAGAAGAAUAAAAGCCCCGUGCAUGAGGAUGUGUCUAAAGAAGAUGCUACAGCUCUGAAACUACCUGCACCAACAAGUGAGUAUUCAUCAUCUCCUGAAAGAAAUGAAACCAGCAGUGCUGCUUUAGAAAUAGUUGAGAAAAAGGCUUCAACACCUUUACGUCAGUCCUCCUCAAGAAGAACAAAAAGUCGAAGCCCCAGAAAUAAAUCUACUUCUUCACAAAGUCGGAAACGGUCUUCUCGUAGCAGUUCAAAAUCUUCUGGCAUCCACUCUACAAAAAAGAAAAGAAUGUCCAAAUCUCCAGAACGACGAGAAGGAGCUUCUAGAAGAACAAGAUCAUCUACAGAACGGAAAUCAAAAUCUCCAUCCCAUAGGACACGAUCCGUUUCGCGACGACGAAGGUCGUCAGCACUUUGUCGUUCUAAAUCUCGUUCAAGGUCAAAGUCAGGUAGGCGAUCAUCAUCCCCUAGAAGUAGAACACGACGUCGUUACAGUAGGUCUCCUGAUGUUCGUGCUCGGAGGUCCAGAUCGCGUAAUUGGAAUGACAGAGGUUCACGGUUUUACCGGUACUCAGGCAUGAGAAAUCGCAGCCCUGAUCGGAGAGGGUCUUAUACUAGACGCUACACUAAAAGUCCUAGCUAUAGGGGAAGAGCAAGAGGGAGGAGUGCACCUCGUCAUUCUCGCAGUCGUUCACGUUCUUUGGCCAGAAGACGACGUCGAACUAGACAUUCUAGCAGCAGCUCUGCUAGUAGUUCAAGUAGGAACUCUUCAAGUUCAGGAAGUGAGGGAGCAAAGAAAAGGGGUGCCAGAAGAGGAAUCAAAGGGAGAAGCAAAAGAUCAUCAUCAUCAAGUAGUAGCUCCAGAUCGAAGAGGUCUAAUUCUCGUUCGGAUAGUGCUUCAACCUGAACGUAGCCACGUAAAUAAAUGAGCUGAAAAAAAGAAAUCAAUUUCUCUUCACUUGUGAAUUGUCAUUUCAUAAAAUAACAAUAUCACCUUUUUCCGAUGUCAUGCAAAACAUUUUGGUCAUUUAUACUGCCAGUUUUUACCUUGAAACUUACUUGAUUCAGAACACAUUUAUUUUACAGUCUCAUAGUGUCAUGUAACACAAGAGUAUCUGCAAUUUUUCAUUUGAUUAGUAUGGUUUAAUUAUGCUAAAAUGCAGUUUUUUUUUUUUUAAAUAGUGUUUGUAAAUUAAUUUAUAUAACUCAUGUACAACAAUGUUAUGACUGCUGCACUUGUUGCUUCAGUUUGCACUUAAAAGUGUAUUGCAACCAAAAUGCUCAAAAGAAAAAAGUUAUUAAAUUUCAAUCCAUAUAUAACUAUUGUAACAGUUACGUAAUUACUCUGUGUUUCAAGAUUUCAAAUUAAAAUGCACAAACUGCAAUAUCUAAAUUCUAUUCCUUUUUUUUUUUUUUUCUGAAUAUUAGAGUUAAAAUUUCUGAUUAUUUUAACUGUUAGUACUGGUUUUUUUUUUUUUUUUUAUUUUUUUUUUUUCUUGUUCUUUCAAACUACCAUCUUUACCUGCAUAGUCCCCCUCUAAUUUUUAUAUGAUUUAGAAGCUUCUAAUUCCUGAUAAUAAUAUUAAAAUAUGGACUAAUAGCAAAGUACAUUGUGUAUGAAGAAAAUGGGACAUGCCAGUAAAUGUGGUAUUAGCAUUUUUUAGAAGUGUUCUUUUCAGCUGCUUCAAUUUUAAAAAUAUAUUAAUUCAAAAACUAAAUUCAGCAAAUCCUCCAAAAACGUUGCGGUGCAAUUGUCUUCAGUGAACAUGCAUCUGACGUGAAACUGAAUAUAAGUAGCAGGUAUCCUAAUUUUUCAUCAUUUGAAGUAAUUAUUGAAUGCGAAUACAGUUAUAAUAAAAUACCAAAACUGUCUUCUGUAAGAAAAUGGUAUUUUUGUCUAGAACCCAGCCUUAAAAAUAAUGAUUUUGCUUCUUUUGUUAUUUAUUUGCAUUGAAUUGUUAUAGAUAAUAUAAAUACCAUUUUACUUGUAUUUAUAAUUAUGAUUGAUAUAAAUGUUGGGAAAAGGUUCAUACUAAAAAAUCAGUUAUUUUUCUGUCGUAGAAUCUUAUUAUUCUGAUUAAUAAUUUCAAUGCAUUUAACUAAUACAUUUCUUUGAUGCAAUCCAAUACUAGUAUUUUUAAAAGACAGUGGGAAAUUUAUCAACAUGCAGUACUAUGUCUGACUGCUGUAUUAAAAUGGGAAUAAAAAAUUUUUAAUCUGUUAAAGUGAGAUCAAAUAGGAUAUCAUGUAUGUUGAAAUUCUAUAAAUAUUUUCAUUAUUUUCAACUUACUCAAUAAGAGUAUUUGGUUUUGUCAGAUUUUUAAUGACUAAAUAUGCUACUUGAUGGACUAAAGGUUUAAAUGUGCUGUGGUAUGAAGUUACCUUAAGUGUUUAUGAUGUAAAGAAUAAUAAAAAAGUUUAAAUAUGUC